GACAGAAAACGCCCGCGCCGCAGGUGACCUUCCCCCACGACGCGGCGCCGCCCGCCGGGGAGCGGUGCCCCGCGGCCGAGGCCGCGGACGAGCUCGCCCGCCAGCUCGAGGCGCUGCUGGGAGGCGCCGUCGACGCGUCGGCCCAGGGCGCUCUGGAGGCCCUGGGCAGCCCCGAGCGGAUGCGGGAGGCCGCGAGGCGCGUGGAGGUGCUGGCGCGGGGCCAGGGUGGCCGCUGCGGCAGCCUGUCGGCGAUGGUGCUCGGCGUCUGCCACAAGCUCCGGCCGACAGACCGCGCGGCGCCGAUGGCGGAGCUCUCCGACGCGGCGCUCGGCGACCAGUGGCUGGGCCACCCGCGCGGGGAUCCGCGCGCGGCCUUCGUGCUGCAGCGCGGCGCUCCGGCGCGGCAGACCACGACGUGGACCACGAGCCGAUUCGAGAGGCACUCGCGGCAGGGCGGCGCGUUCGAGCUGCGGCAAGCGGAGGGCGGCUUGUGGGAUCUGCGGCUCGCGGCGAGCGACUUGGAGCCGCCCCUGAACGAUGACGGGGUCCAGGUGUACUGCCGGUGGCUUCACCAGCGGCUGAAGAAGGCGAAGGAGGAGUGCGGGCUGAGCUCCCUGCGGCAGCUGCGCGCGGAGCUGGACUUCUCCAAGAAUGGGCUCGGCGACGACGCGCUGGAGCGGCUGCUGCAGGCGCUGCAGCGGGCCGAGGUGCAGGUGACCAGCCUCAACCUCAUGGGGAACUGCAUCGGCCCCGCCGGGGUGCAGCACCUCUGCGACUUCCUGAAGGGGGCGUCAUUCGCCGUGCGCGAGCUGCACCUGUCUCACAACAUGCUCGACGACGACGCCUCGCUGCACAUGAUCCGCCUCUUCUCCGAACACCCGAAGUACCCCACCAGCAGGCCGAGAGGAAGUUCCGGGGCCAGCGUGACGGCCGUUCCUGUGUGGCUCAGCCUCCACAACAACUGGAUCCGCGACCCCGCCCGGGUGCUGCGCGAGGCCAGGGCGGAGCUGGGCGCGUCUGCCUGCCUCGCGCAGAACCGCCACGCGUGCGGCCCGGACAAGUGCGGCUGGCGCGGCGCCGGGUCCCCCGCGGUGCACCUGUACGCCUUCGACAUCCAGGACGUCCCAGUGGCCCCGCCGGGCGCGGGCGAGGACGCGGGCCAGGCCCCACGCGCCGCGCCCGCGGACCAGGC